GGAUUUUGAGUAUUAAUCCGCCACUGGAUAAUUUGGUUUGGUUAGACCCAUUGCUUUGAAGCAUUCGUGCGCCGAUAACAAUGGUUUGAUAUCCUUCUCUUUCUGUCUGGUUCACCAACUUAUCCGCCCGCGUGCGUCGCUGUAUAAGCGGCUGGCUGUCUCGCAGCUUUGGCACCAUUGCACCGCAGCAGAGCAGAGAAGAGCAGAGCGAGCUAGAGUUCACUGGAAAAAGGCAAGCUAAGCUUAGCAGCUCGAUUCGUCCGCCGCCCGCCGGCAGGUUACUUGAGAAUCCAUCACAUUCACAUAUCGACCGGCGGUGACAUGGACGCCAUGGAGAGAGGCGAGCGCGCGCCGCUCCUGCCCGAGAGCUACGGGCCAAAGACCCAAGAGGACAGCCUGCAAGUGCCCCUCCUGAAGCACAAGAAGCGCAGCGGCAGCAAGGCACCAGCAGUAAUUCUAGGGUUCGAGUGCCUUGAGAGCACGGCGUUCAACGGCAUCUCGACGAACCUGGUGGUGUACCUGGAGACGGUCCUCCACGGCAGCAACCUGGCGAGCGCGUCCAACGUCACCACGUGGUUCGGGACGAGCUACCUGACCCCGAUGUUCGGCGCCGUCAUGGCCGACACCUUCUGGGGCAACUACAACACCAUCCUCAUCUCCCUCGCCGUCUACCUCCUCGGCAUGAUGCUCAUCACCUUCUCCGCCUUCCUCCCGGCAGCCGCAGCCGCCACCACGGCGCUGUGCGCGGCCGGCGCCUCGUGCGCCGGCGCCAGCAGCGGCAUCUCGUCGGUGGUGAGCUCGCAGACCGUGGCGUUUGUGGGGCUGUACCUGGUGGCGAUCGGGAGCGGCGGCAUCAGGUCCUCGCUGCUGCCGUUCGGGGCGGAGCAGUUCGACGACGAAGACAACGCGGAGCGCAAGGCGUCCUUCUUCAGCUGGUUCUACCUCUGCGUCGACUUCGGCCCCAUCAUCUGCGGGGUGUUCCUGGUGUGGAUCCAGCAGAACGUCAGCUGGGGCCUCGGCUUCGGCAUCGCCACGGCCUGCAUCGCGCUCGCCUUCGCCGCCUUCGUUCUCGCCACGCCAUUGUACAAGCGCCGCAUGCCCACCGGCACCCCGCUCAAGAGCCUCUGCCAGGUGCUCGCCGCGGCCUGCAGGAAGGCCAGCCUAAAGGUGCCGACCGAUGCCAGACUCUUACACGAGGCCAGCGAGAAGCUCGACUCGUCCCGGCCCAAGAUCGCGCACACCAGCGAGUUCACGUUCCUCGACAAGGCGGCCAUCGUGGUGUCGGAGGAGGGGGCUAGCAGCUCGUGGAAGCUCUGCACCGUGACCCAGGUGGAGGAGCUCAAGAUCCUGCUGCGGCUGCUCCCGGUCUGGGUCACCAGCGUCGUCGUGUCCUCGGCCUACUCGCAGAUGAACACCACGUUCGUGCAGCAGGGCAGCGCCAUGGACACGACCGUCCUGUCGGUGCCCGUGCAGGCGGCGUCGCUGGGCUCCUUCGAGGUGCUCUGCGUCCUCACGUGGGUGCUGCUCUACGACAAGGCGAUCGUGCCGGCGCUCAGGGGCUUCUCUGGCGAGCCGUCGCAGCUGCAGCGGAUGGGCGCCGGGCGGCUCCUGAUGGCGCUCACCAUGGCCGUGGCGGCGCUAGUGGAGAUGAAGCGGCUCGACGGCGCCUCGCGCGGGGAGCAGAUCGGCAUCGCGUGGCAGCUGCCGCAGUACUUCUUCCUGGCCGGCGGGGAGGUGUUCUGCUACAUCGCGCAGCUCGAGUUCUUCUUCGGAGAGGCGCCGGACACCAUGAAGAGCAUGUGCACGUCGCUCGCGCUGCUCACCAUCGCGCUGGGGAGCUACAUGAGCUCUUUCAUCUACGCCGUCGUGGAGGCCUUCACGGCGACCGGGGGAAGACCCGGAUGGAUCUCCGACGACCUCAACGAGGGCCACCUCGACUACUUCUUCUGGACCAUGGCUGCCCUGUGCACGCUCAACUUCGUCGUGUACAGCGCCGUCGUUAAGAACUACAAGCUCAAGACGGUGCUCUCGUGACCGAUCCAUGCUUCCCUUUCCUCGAGAUUUCUUCAAUAUUCGAUUACAUGAGUACAUUACAUUGCACAAUUGCCAAUUGGUGAUGUGAACAGUAAAUAGCUAGUAGCCAGGUAUAAAUAUGUACAGAUUUUUGCUGGAAGGACAAGGCCGGCGGCAUGCAAGCAACAUCUUUUACGGAAUUUUUUUAUUUACUCUUACAUGAUAUGAUUAUCUUUUUUUUAGAGGAACAUGAUAUGAUUAUCAAUGGGGGGUCAUCAA